AUGCCACGACCAAAGAAAGCUGGUGCUCCAGAACCGAAAAGAAGAAGUAGAACUGGCUGCUGGCCAUGCAAAACUCGAAAGGUGAAAUGCGACGAAGCUCGACCCAUAUGUGUCAAUUGCCAACGGCAGGGUGAAGCAUGCGAUUACAAUAUCAGGUUGAAUUGGGAGGGCAGGGGGAAGAAGAAGGGGGAUAGCCCUACUACACCUGGCUUUGGGCAAAUGAACCUUUUCUCUGAGAUGGGAAAUGUUGGAACGAACAACGGAAAUCCAGCGCCAGCGCGAAGAACAUCCUCACAGGUCGAAUUCCAAGCGGUACCGCAACAUAUACAGCCUGUCGACGCAUAUAAACAGACUGCGCUUGACUUGCCCAAUAUUCAAGAAAGCCGCGGACAACAAUCGACAACAGCAUUAGAAGCGCCGAGGGCACAAUCCGAGAUGAUGAUAGACCCAGCUUUGUUUGUGACUAAUUCAACACCAACGUAUCAGUCUCCUUCUUUCGCCCCGUCUCGACCAGAUUAUCAGCCCACACAGAGCUACGAGCGACACCGCUCUCUUGCACCGAACACACCAAAUCCCGCGCAGAGACCAGUUAUAUCGCGACUUCGUCAGAAUUAUGAGGACAGCGUUCCAUCUCCUACAGAUUCUGUUGUCCAAAGCCCUAGCACCAGCACUUUCUCUAAUCGCAGUACUACGUUACCAAAUGUCGAUAGCCCUACUUCUACACCACCGUUUUAUAGUAGUGGAAAAGAUGAUGUUGGUGCAUCUGGAACGGAAUCGCUCCCCUAUGACAGGCCCAACAAGCGUGCUCGGUACCAAACUAACCAGGCUGCAAGUCCCUCUUAUGAUCCAAGUAUGCCUCCUCCUAAUUUAGCGCCCUUUGGGACUCACACACUUGAAACUCCAAAAAUUUCGUCCUCCAACAAUUCUGCUGAUACACCUCUCACUCCAGCCUCGAACAGGAGUGAUGAUGACCGUAAAAGGUACGGCUCCAAGCUUUCGCCUCUCCCGACUCAGGACUCUCAAGACUUGCGCCGACUGUCUGUAGAGUCACUGCUUUCUGGCCCGCCCGGAAUACCCCAACAAAGUGGCACGACCAGCAAUCCCGAGGAGCCAACUUGGCGCGAACAAUACCAAGAUCUCUACCAAGGCAUGACUACAUGGGGCAUUGAUCGCGGCUUUAAAGAUCUUGAUAUCGGGAAAAAUGAUGAUGCAAACGCUAUAUCCGGGUCUUCUCCCAUUACGUUGAAGGAUCAUUUGGAUUUAGUGCUGAAUGAAGAUGGUGGCUCACCUGUGGAGUUUGGAUUUGGAACAGAAUCGCAUGAUACCGCCUUUGAAAAUGGUGGGUAUUAUGAGAGACCGGUGGCUAUCUGCAUCCCUCGAGUCCUGGAACCCUUGCCCAACAGACUUCUUGAGAAUCCUAUGAACCUUCUACACCAUUUUCUCAACCAUACUGCUGGAUGCCUCAUCCCUCACAACUGUUCAUCCAACCCAUUCAGAACUAUCUUGCCACGAAUGGCUGUACAAGAUGAUGAUCUACUGUGUCUCUUGCUUGCAUACUCUGCAUCACAUCGGGCACGACUUCUGCGCCAGCCCGAACCUGCCACUCGUAUUGCUCUUUGGGUUCAAGAUAUAUUCCCCAACCUCCGAAGAGCAUUGGAUGAUCCAAGCGAGACCAUACCAGAUACGAGCUUAGCUUCUGCGAUCAUGCUUGCCUCUCUCGAGAUCGUGUCGCCAGUCGCAUUUGGAAUCCCGGUACCUUGGCAGAGGCAUCUGGACACGGCUCGUCAAAUAAUAGCCGCCAGAGGUGGACCCCAAGGGAUGCGAAGCGCUGCUAGAGGUGACAAAGUGGCAUCUUUCCUCUGGAGUUGGUUUGCCUAUCUUGAUGUCUUGGGAAGUUUGAGCGGUGUGACAACAAAUCCGGCAACGUCCUCGUGGAUUCUGGAUUAUGAAGCCCGCGACGAAACUGACUAUGAGAUAGACUGCAUUCUUGGCUUCACGAGUAGAUGUGUUCGGCUCUUGUCUAAGAUUGCAGAGUUGGCUCGAAUCUGCGACAAUCAGCGAAUCGGCCCUGACCUCACAAUUCAGCCAGACUGGAGGCCGUCUGAUGAAACUGUUGCACGUGCAGAUAAGCUCGAAACAGAACUCGUUGCAUCACGACUGCAUCCAGCCAAGCCUUGCACACAUAUGCAGUCAACUGGAGAAGCUGCUUAUCAGUGGGACAGCAUCGAGAUGGCAGCUACGAAUGAGGCAUUCCAUUGGGCUGGCCUAGUUCAUCUCUAUCGACGUAUUCUCGGAAAGCCCUCUACGCACCCCGAUGUACAGAAUGCAGUUCGUGAAAUUCAUGGUGCGCUCUACAAAGUUCGACGAGGAAGCAGCGCGACUGCAUGUCUUCUGUUCCCCAUUUUUACGGCUGGCUGUGACACCCAGGACGAUAAACAGAGAGUCGAUAUCUUGGAGAGGCUGAAGGGCGUUGAACACUUCGGAAUGACUCAGGUGCACAAAGCACGUAUGCUUAUGGAGAGGGCCUGGGAAACUGGAAAACCCUGGGAAACUCUUGCUGCCGGGGAAUUCUUUGGCUGA